GCAGCGGAACCUGGAAGAGCCCAAACUGAGGAAACUUCACACGAGUGAGACCUUUGAAUAUGUUCUUUUAAUAAUAAUAACCAUCAUUAUUAUUAUCAUCUUAAAAAAAGAGAAAUAUGUAUGAUGGAGUCCCCCAAACCGAGUGCGAGAGCAAGCGAAGCCUCCUCAAGCAACGAUACAGCCGUGAACGGUCUUCUGGAUGGGAUGGAGAAGAUGCCCAAGUGGAACGGAGCACCCAAAGAGACGCCCAAAGGUGAGAAACCCAAUAGCAAGAGCAUCCCCCGUGCUCCAUGUUCGUCUGUGAUGGAGAGCUGGAAGGAAGAGCGCACCAGGAGUCUGGAGGAUAACGAGAUAAGCCUGCCGAGCAUCGUGGCUGCGUACACCACCAUCCUCAGGGGUCUGGGAGAAGAUCCGCAGAGACAAGGCCUUCUGAAGACGCCUUACCGAGCGGCCACGGCCAUGCAGUUCUUCACCAAGGGAUAUCAAGAGAAAAUCAUAGAUGUUCUGAACGAUGCCAUAUUCGACGAAGACCACGACGAGAUGGUGAUCGUGAAGGACAUUGACAUGUUCUCCAUGUGCGAGCACCACCUCGUCCCUAUCUUCGGCAGAGUCCACAUAGGAUACCUUCCUAACAAGAGGGUGCUCGGCCUCAGCAAACUGGCAAGGAUUGUUGAGAUCUACAGCAGAAGAUUGCAAGUCCAGGAACGUCUUACUAAACAAAUCGCCAUCGCCAUCACCGAAGCCCUGCAGCCAUCCGGAGUCGGAGUGGUCGUCGAGGCAACUCACAUGUGUAUGGUGAUGCGAGGUGUCCAGAAGAUGAACAGUAAAACAGUGACGAGCACCAUGCUGGGCGUUUUCCGCGAGGACCCCAAAACCAGAGAUGAGUUCCUCGCGUUGAUCCGGAGCUGAGAUGAGCCAUUGCGUGUAGAUCAGACGGUCUUCUCCAACACGUCCAUCCCUCACCAUCAUGUUUUUUCAGUAUUGGUCUCUAAAUGAGACUGUGCUGCUGUCGAGUGUGUUCUCCCAUCGCUUGCUUUCUCAGAGGUUAAUAUGGGAGAUACCUCAGUUAAUCUAUCUAGUUAAUCCUGGUGUUUCGACAUGUACGUGUGUGUGUGUUUAUCACAAUUUUUAAAUGAUAAAAUCAAAGGUCCAUGGAUUCAAAUUCUAAUAUAGGCAACCGUUUUUAGUGUUUUAGUGACAUCAUGUUAUAUAAAGAAAAUUUAAAGUUUUUAACCACUUAUAUUUAUUUAGUUAUACAAAAACCAUUUAUGCACAAUUUAGACCCAGUACAGAAAUGAGAGUCGGUGAAGGUAAAAAUGACUCUCGAAGGCCCAUCACAGACUCAUUGACGGUUUUGGGAUUAUUCUAAGUUUUUAAAUCACUGCCGUAUUCACCUCCAAACAUUUGUGAUCUUACCCACAGUAUGUAACUGCAGUAUGUCAGUGAUUCUGGGCUGUGCUACCUCUACUGCAAGGUCUUUGAACAUGCCAUGAUUACUGUGGAUUCAUUCACAAAAGUGGGGCAGCACAAUUCAUUUUAAGAAAAGUUUUUCUGCAAGUUGCUGGCAGUAACACAAUCAUAUCAUAGAGGUCUCCAAAUGACCAGGGUAAAUACAUUACUGUGUGUGAAAUGUGAAAACAAUCAUAAUCUUCUUUUAUCUAAUGAUGCAAAGCAGUAAAUUUUAAUGACAGAGGUGUAGUGUAUUCCAAAGCCAUAUUAUUUAUACUACUACUGCUAAUAAUAAUAAUAAUAAUAAUAAUUAGAAUAAACGGUGAAACAGAAAAAUAGGUAGAUUUUUGUUGAUAUAAACUGAAGUAAGACAUUCUGGUUGUUUUAAACUUAUGGAGAGUGAAGACCCUGAUUGGGUAAAACAUUUAGAGGUUGUGAUUGGUUUCAGAUUUUGGGGGUUAAAAUUUUGAUCUCUAAAUAAUUUCAACCAUUAGCAGGAAAACAUUUUUAUUGGUUUAAACUUAUAGACUUAAGAGAUUCCAAUUGGACUAAACUUAAAUAAUUAAGUGGUCUCAAUGGUUAAAGAAAUUGAAGUAUUAGAUUCUGGUUUAAACAGAUAGAGGGAAGAGAUUCUGAUUGGUUGAAAGUGAGAGAAGUAAGAGAUUCUGAUUGGUUGAAAGUGAGAGAAGUAAGAGAUUCUGAUUGGUUGAAAGUGAGAGAAGUAAGAGAUUCUGAUUGGUUGAAAGUGAGAGAAGUAAGAGAUUCUGAUUGGUUGAAAGUGAGAGAAGUAAGAGAUUCUGAUUGGUUUAAACAGAUAGAGGUAAGAGAUUCUGAUUGGUUUAAACUAAAAGAUGUUAGAGAUUCUGAUUGGACUGAAUAGAGAUGCUUGUUUGACACUAAUAGUAGCCACAGACAUGUCUCAGAAAUGAAACUUCUGUAAUUUAGUUACAAUUUUUAGUUUAAAGAGUUCCAGAUCAGUGUGGUGCUGUAAUUUUUGUCACGUCAGUGUGUGUGGUGCGUAUCGUUCAGCCCAAUCUGUAUUAACUUUGUUCUGUGUAACUGAUGAACCACAAGGCCAAUGAGUCACAUAACACCAUGUUGUGUACUGUGUGUGUAUUAGUGUUACUUUAGCUGUAGACCUUCAGUGUUUUCCAUACCUCUGAUAUGACACGCUUCAUUUUUCUCUCUCUUUCUGUUGAGUAAGGAGCAAAGUUUGACGUUGCAGUUAAGUAAAAAAAAAAAAUUAUCAUCUUUGAUAAUGUGAAUGAAUGUGAGCUUUCAUAUCAGUGAUGCACAUCCAAGAAAAUAUAGUUUACUACUCAAAUAUUUAUAUACAUACGAAAAUGUUGACUACAUAAAGAGAAAUUCUAUUUAA